AGGCAACGGGAGAAGAUGGCGGCGCUGGGGGAACCCGUGCGGCUGGAGAGGGAUAUUUGUAGAGCAAUUGAAUUGUUGGAAAAACUACAAAGGAGUGGAGAGGUACCACCACAGAAACUUCAGGCUUUACAAAGAGUCCUUCAGAGUGAAUUCUGCAAUGCUGUAAGAGAGGUCUAUGAACACGUCUAUGAGACUGUGGACAUCAGCAGCAGUCCUGAAGUAAGAGCUAAUGCGACCGCAAAGGCUACUGUUGCUGCAUUUGCUGCCAGCGAAGGACAUUCUCAUCCUCGAGUUGUUGAGCUACCAAAAACAGAAGAGGGCCUUGGAUUCAAUAUUAUGGGAGGCAAAGAACAAAACUCUCCAAUAUAUAUAUCAAGAAUAAUUCCAGGAGGAAUUGCUGAUAGACAUGGGGGCCUCAAGAGAGGAGAUCAACUUCUUUCUGUUAAUGGAGUGAGCGUUGAAGGAGAGCAUCAUGAAAAAGCCGUAGAACUGCUAAAAGCAGCUCAGGGAAAGGUUAAAUUAGUAGUGCGGUACACACCGAAGGUCUUAGAGGAAAUGGAGUCACGUUUUGAAAAAAUGAGAUCAGCCAAACGCAGGCAACAGACCUAAUGCAGUUCAAAACUUUAUAUUCCAUUUUGCUUUUAGCUAGAGAAAUUUUACUUGUGACCUACUGAUGGCCGCAAUGCCAGUGAUUGUAAAAAACAAACAGAAACUUCCCGUGAAAUGCUCCUUGCCAUUUUAUAAAUGCCUAUUUUAAAAUCAUUUGUGGUUCCAGAGAUGCAUACACUUUUUUCUGACAAGAAAAAGUAAAAGGUGAUGAGGGCAAUUUUGUCCUGCUCUUUUUACAGGCCUUUUUCAAAUGCAGAUUUUGUCAUAAAGUUGUUAUAGAUUUUUAAAAAUGCUUUUUAAAUAUUAAGAUGUACUUUUACAUUCUUAUUUUUUUUUUAGGGAAAAAAGUUUUCUUCAUUUUGCUGCUUAUUUAAAAAUAACAGUUCUCCAGUUCUUUAUUUGCUUACUCUUUUUUUUUUAACCUGUAAAAUUUCUUUAUAGUUUUCCAAGAAAUGACAGUUUCAGCUACAGCAGUUUGUUACACUGUCAAUGUUAACAUCACUGCUGCAUUUUGUACUUUGAACACACACACAAUUAUAUAUAAUCAUUGGUAAAUCAUAACUCAGCACAGUGGAAGUUUUUUACUUUUAUUUAAACAUAAUGUAUAGUGAAUACUCAUUUGUACUGACUUAUGAAAGUAAGUUUUUAAACACUGAAACAAUCAUUGCUAAAAUAUGUAUUCUUUCAUAAUAUUUGAGCAGCAAGCCAAGAAGAUUGUUUUUUAGCAUUACUGAUUAGAUCUGUUUAUAUUCAACAGUAUGUCAAACUACAAAUGCAAAAAACAGGUUCAGGUUUCAUCUUUUGCAAAAAAUUUUAAAAUGUUAUUCAUUUCUAUUUAAAUAUAUUACUUAUAUUUUGGUCCUUCCAUUCCUAGAGAUGAGCCAUUUAGUUUGUGGUGGGAAAUAGCAGAAGCAAAGAAGAAUAAGUAAUACUUUAACCUCACUAGUUUCAAGAGUUACAUGUUCUUACUAGCUCAGUUUAAAGAAUUGAUUUUAAAUAGGAUGAUUAUAGAAGGAUAUAUUUAAGAUAUAUAGAAUUAUGAGGAGAUGUAUUCAUAAGAACUUACUCAUAUUAAAAUGGUUGGAUUUAGAGAUGUGAUCUUUGUUUAUGGUUCAAAUACAAUGAUGGGAAUGCUGAGAGGUACUUUCAGUUGUCCACUGGAUGUCACUGCUUUACUGAGAGGCAGCUAUCAGUGAAAGACUGUGACUGAGCUUUUUUUAAAGGCUGAAAUUAAAGAGUUGAGGUUCAUUUUCAGUCAACAAUUUAUAGGAACAGUUGUACGAUUUUUAAGUGACGGGUUCUAAAAGGAAGACAAUGCUUUAAAAUAUAUGAGGAAUUCAGACCUGUGUAAAAAGUGGGCAUUUUGAAACAUUCCUUCAGGAAGACUAGAAAUGUAUACCUUUUUCUGCAUGUUUGUGAGCACUGUGGGUCUUAAAAGAUUAUUCCAGUUUUCAGUGAUUUUUCAGAAUAAAAGUCAAUCAGCAUUGUUAUUUAUCAUUUAGGUAUUGAACACUGGAUUGCAUGGUUGAAUGUCUGUUUAGUCCACUACAAAAUGUGCUUGUUAUUGAUAGGAAUGUUGUUAAAUUGUAUAUUUUCAAAAUUAAUUGAUGUUUUUAAAAUGUUGAGACCAAAGUAGUGUAGAAGAAUUAUGGACUUAAUUUAAUUUAAUUGUAAAAUUAUUAGAGGUAUUUGUUGUAGAGCUUUAUAUAUUAAAGAGAGGUAUUGGUGCAUAUAAAAACAGUAAUAUUGUUAUGCUCGUAUACUUGCAUUACAGAGUAAAUAAACCCUAAAGAAACCUUAUUUUAGUAUUGCUGCAGCUGCAGUAGCUUUUAAGGGCGUGUCAACAUUUCAUUAUAAAUUAUAGCUUCCUGGUUCAGUAUCUCAGCUAUUUCAGAACUUGCAGCCAAGUUAAAUCUUUUUUGGUGUUGAAACUUAAUAAGUUGAGUAAGCUAUUUUUUUUUCUUCUACAGUAAUCCACAAUCUGUUCUUUGUGUGGGUUGGCGCUUAUUUAUAAUUCUUAAAAUAAAGAUAGCUUAAAGAAGCCAAAUACAGUAGUUUUGCUUGUUACUAUUGAGCAUGAGUAGCAGUAGUUUGUUUUUGUUGAAACAGUUUUCAUAAUUUUUCCCAGAAUUUUAAACCCUGACCAUAGAAAAAUUCAAUCAUUCAGUGGCAAAGAUGUACAGUAGUAGUUUGGUAUCAUGAGGAAAUGAAGGGAUUUUUUUAUUUAUAAUGAAAAGUAUGAUUCAUGAACAUAAUCAGGCACAUAGUAAGUGUAUAAUAGGUGUUUUAUUUGUGAAUUAUAAUUAUCCCCUCUCCCCAGUUUUCAUUUAUUCUUUGGUAUUUUAAAAUGGGUCGACUCAGUGGUUCUGAAUCUUACCCAUAUUAGUACACCCUGCAGAACUUUAAAAGAUUGAUACCUGAGUCGCAUCUUACACUAACUAAAUCACAAUUUCUGAGUAUGGGGCCAGAUUUUGUGUGUGUGUGUUUAACUUUCCCGGUGGUUCUGAAGGACACGUAGGGUUGAGAACCAUAAAUUUUCCCCUUUAUAAAAUGCUCUAAUCACACUGGACUGUGUUUGGAAGUAUCAGAAUAGAAUAAUUUAUAGCUACUAUUAAGUAGCAGGAAAUAUUAUGUUUGGUUAUAUUUCUUAAUUUCUUUAGUAAUAAAAGGUACUUGGCAUUCUUUAUUUGGUAAAUAAUUACAGUCUUUUAAAAAAAAUUAAAAUCUGCCCAUAGUUUAAGCAUAAACUUUUAAUGUCUGUCAUCUUUCUGCUCCCUUUACCUUUUUAAAACUUAAAAAGAUAAAUGUUUAUUAUUUGAGAAAACAUGUUUAAAAAUUGCAGGUGAGAAAUAAUGUCUUGAUAAUUACGUGCUGUCUUAACAUGGCCACUUUAUCUUUACCAAUAUGCUAGAUUAUAGUGGCCUAGUUCUUUGGGGUUUAAUAAUUCAGAUGUGUUUUAAAAAAAUUAUUGUCUUCUAAAUUUUUGAAAGUUAUUUUGUUUAAGUACUUAACGUAGUUUAGCUUGAGUACUUUGUUUACAAUUUGAAUGGAUAUUAUCACAUUUAAUGGAAGAAAUGGCUAUGGUUUAUCUGAAAAGAAUGUCAGCAUGACUUGGUGUAGAUUUAAAAGAAUACAUGUCGUGAAUAUUUUAUAACGUGGAAUGGUCAUUGAAAUAUCAAGGACUCUAGUAAUUGUAUUUCCUGAAUAAAUGUAUGUUUAUGAA